CCCCUUAGCCAGCAUGUCUGCAAAGGAGAGGCAAAAAGGCAAAGUGACCAAGGACAGCGUCACUCUAUUGCCCUGCUUUUAUUUUGUGGAGUUGCCCAUACUGGCAUCUUCUGUUGUUAGUCUCUAUUUUCUUGAACUUACUGAUGUCUUCAAGCCAGUUCACUCUGGAUUCAGCUGCUAUGACAGGAGUCUGAGUAUGCCAUACAUUGAACCUACACAAGAGGCUGUUCCCUUCCUGAUGUUGCUUAGUUUGACUUUUGCUGGACCUGCAAUCACGAUAAUGGUAGGAGAAGGAAUUCUCUACUGUUGCCUGUCUAAAAGAAGAAAUGGGAUUGGAGCCGAGGCCAAUAUUAAUGCGGGAGGCUGCAACUUCAACUCUUUCCUGAGAAGAGCUGUCAGAUUCGUUGGUGUUCAUGUCUUUGGCCUUUGUUCUACUGCCCUCAUUACUGACAUCAUACAGCUGUCAACAGGGUAUCAGACACCAUAUUUCCUGACUGUAUGCAAACCUAACUACACAUCCCUAAAUGUAUCCUGCUCAGAAAAUUCUUAUAUUGUGGAGGACAUUUGUUCAGGGUCUGAUCCCAUAAUCAUCAAUGGCGGAAGAAAAUCAUUCCCUUCUCAACAUGCUACUCUGGCAGCCUUUGCAGCUGUAUAUAUUUCGAUGUACUUCAAUUCUACUUUAACCGACUCCUCCAAACUCCUGAAGCCUCUUCUCGUCUUUGCAUUUAUCAUCUGUGGAAUUAUAUGUGGCCUGACUCGAAUCACCCAGUACAAGAGCCAUCCAGUUGAUGUCUAUUGUGGUUUUCUAAUAGGAGGAGGAAUUGCUCUCUAUUUGGGUCUGUAUGCUGUGGGGAACUUCCUACCAAGUGAAGAGAAUGUAUUUCACCAGAAUCUGCAAAGAGAACCAUUAAGAUCUUUGACAGACCUUAGUCAAGAUGCCAACAGAAUUUUACCAGGUAAAAAUGGAGGCAAUAGUGACGGGCGUUCCUCUCACCAUUCUGAGAGUAUUCUGAAUCGAAACCAUAGAGAUUCUGGAUCCUUGACUAACAUCAAGAGAGCAAAUGCUGAUGUAGAGAUUAUAACUCCACGGAGCCCCAUGGGAAAGGAAAACAUGGUUACUUUCAGCAACACUUUGCCAAGAGUCAACACGCCAUCGCUAGAAGAUCCAGCUAGACGAAACGCAACAAUUCAUGCAUCAAUGGAUUCUGCCCGUUCCAAGCAACUUCUUUCUCAAUGGAAGAACAAGAAUGAAAGUCGAAAAUUGUCUUUGCAAGUAAUAGAGACUGAAACCGGCCAUUCACCACCAAGGGCUAUUGAAAUGAGAUCAAGCUCUGAGCCAUCCAGAGUUGGCGUCAAUGGUGAUCAUCAUGGCCCCAGCAAUCAGUACCUGAAAAUUCAGCCUGGCAGCAUUCCAGGUUGUAAUAAUGCUAGUCUUUCUGGUGGGCCAAGAGUUUCUAUUCAGUCACGUCCUGGGUCUUCACAGCUAGUCCAUAUUCCUGAAGAGACCCAGGAAAAUAUAAACACAUCUCCCAAAAGUAGUUCAGCUAGGGCCAAAUGGCUGAAAGCUGCAGAGAAAAGCGUUGCAUGUAGAAGCAACAGUCAGCCAAGAAUCAUGCAAGUAAUAGCCAUGUCAAAGCAGCAAGGAGUGCUUCAGAGCAGUCCUAAGAAUUCAGAGGGCAGCACAGUCACCUGUACUGGAGCCAUCCGAUAUAAAACCUUGACAGAUCAUGAACCCAGUGGCAUUGUAAGAGUUGAGGCCCAUCCAGAAAACAACAGACCCAUAAUUCAGGUGCCAUCAGAAGGUGAAGGGAGUGGAUCUUGGAAAUGGAAAGCUCCUGAGAAAGGUAGCCUUCGUCAAAUUUAUGAGCUAAAUGAUCUCAAUAGAGACUCUGAGAGCUGUGAAUCCUUGAAAGACAGUUAUGGGUCUGGUGACAGGAAAAGAAGUAACAUAGAUAACAGUGAGCAUCACCAUCAUGGGAUUACCACUAUAAGAGUUACACCAGUGGAGGGAAGUGAGAUUGGCUCAGAAACUCUGUCCAUCUCUUCGAGCCGUGACUCCACACUUCGAAGAAAAGGUAACAUUAUUUUAAUCCCUGAAAGAGGGAGCAGCCCAGAGAACACCAGAAACAUCUUCUAUAAAGGAACAUCCCCCACAAGAGCUUACAAAGAAUGA